GAAGGAGGUAAAAGUGGGCGGGGCGGCGGGCGCGCGCGAGCGAGCGAGCGAGGGUAGCGUAUGGCAGUGAAGGCGAAGACGCACGGCAGGCUUCCGGCAAACGCCGAGGCGCAGGGCGAGAGAGUUAGAGCAGGAAAUACCAGCCACAUUCCCCCGCCUCAGCAGCGCCGUCGCCAUCUCUUGCUCUGCCCCGCCAUGGCCGAGACGAAGGAGGCACAUGAUGAGCAUGACCCGACUACUGACAAUGUAGAUGAUUCUAACCAUGACCCUCAGUUUGAGCCCAUAGUUUCCCUUCCUGAGCAAGAGAUCAAAACUCUUGAAGAAGAUGAGGAAGAACUCUUUAAGAUGCGUGCAAAACUGUUCCGGUUUGCAUCAGAAAAUGAUCUUCCUGAAUGGAAAGAGCGAGGCACUGGUGAUGUAAAACUCCUGAAGCACAAAGAAAAAGGGACCGUUCGCCUCUUGAUGAGAAGAGAUAAAACCUUAAAGAUCUGUGCAAAUCAUUACAUUACGCCUUUAAUGGAGCUGAAGCCGAAUGCCGGCAGUGACAGGGCGUGGGUGUGGAAUACACAUGCUGACUUUGCAGAUGAGACCCCCAGGCCAGAACUUCUGGCAAUUCGGUUUUUAAAUGCAGAAAAUGCACAGAAAUUCAAGGCAAAGUUUGAAGAAUGUAGGAAUGAAGUUGAUAAGAGGUUAAAUAAAGCAGGAGCAGACAAAAAUGAUAGCGCUGAUAAAGUUGCUGAGAAAUUAGAAGAACUUUCUGUAAAGGAAGAGAGCAAAGAACCGGAGAAGAAAGAAGUGAAGGAAGAAACUGAAGAAAAGCAAUAAAUCAUCUUGGGCCUUGUAUUUUUUUUCUUUUUCUUAACUUUUUUAAUUUUUACAAGGGACUUUAUAAAGAACUGUAUUCCAACAUUCGAAGUUUUUUUCUAAGCUUUUGCCCUUUUUUGAAGAGAUCUUCAGAAAAAUUCAUUCCCCAGUCAUGAAAAUGUACUGUGCUAAACUUUCUUUUCCAUAGUGGAAACACUUAUUUAUAGUCAUCCAAGAGAGUGAAUAAAGCUUUGAAAAAUGGUUAUCAAGGGACAGAACUGAGUUUUCUAUAUGCUUCAGAUGUGUGACUGCAGUUCUUACAUUUUUGGUUUCUAUUUUUGAGUGCAUAUCUUUAGAUGAAAAGUGGUAUAACUGAUUCUUGCCAAUAGGAAAGGUGCAAGUAAUAAAAGAUGUUUCUUGUAUGUUGUGUCUGGAAGCUGUAAUGACUGAAACAAGAUACUUUUAAUGCUAAGAUUUGUUGUCAUUAAACCUUGAGUGACCAGUUA